AUGUUCAUGAAACACUCUGGUAACCUUGACACCCGCCUCCUCAAGGCCGUCAUGGUCGCUCCAAUGCCUCUGUACCGGAGAUUCGAGUUCCUGACGCGCCACCUCUCUGUCAGGGACCAGCCGGACUAUUUGCCCAUGAUCAACGACUUCAAGUCUGCCCACACGCACGCUAAGCAGACUCGUGAUUAUGAACCCCUCACUGAGAUGUGCUCGGGUUUCUUCCGCGCCAUUGCUCAAUACGUUGGACUUGUUGACGACAGCUCUUCUACUCCUGCAGCCCAUGAGCGACAGUUCAACAUGGAUCGCAAGUCUUUCUUGAAGGAUCCACGACAACAGUUCCUUGUCGUGUCCUACUUGCAAAGCGUCGCCUACGCACUCCGAAACUCUCCAAUUGAUGACUUCAUCAAGUGUUGCCGUCUCCCUUGUCUCCUUCCUGAUGCAUGGGUCACGUGGUAUUCUCAGCGUGAUGACAACCACUGGGGUGAUGUGCUCGCCUGCAUCGAGGCUCCAGAGUCCACUCGUUCUGAGCUCAGUAUCACCGCUGUCUGCGCUGAUAAACAGAUUGCAGAUAUGUUGGAGCGUUACACAAAGGUCAUUAAUGAUCUCCCCAGCUCUGAACGGAAGCUUCUCGCCGCCAGAGGUUCCUGGUUCCCACGACUUCCCGCGAAGGGUGACAGUGCUCUCAUGUGGAGUGUCGGGUCUCAUGAGGAGGUUUCCGAUGCUUCCGCUGUCCAGGCUGUGAAGCCAGUCUCCACCGCUACUCACACCCCCUCGGCUACCUCUCGUGCCACUCGUGCUGCUCCUCGUGGCAACGUGGCCACUACUCGAACGAGGUUCUCAGCCGUGUUCCAUGUGUCUUUUACUCAGGAUCGCACUCGUUCAACCAAUGCUCCGAUUCUGAAAAGCUACAGUUCACCAGUGCUGACAGCAUGGGAUUUUUCAACAAUGUCUUGCGCUUGUCCGCUAAUGACAAGAAGCAGUACAUUUACUUCCCUCGUGAGCAGUUUCCUGUCAAAUUCAGCUCUGUGUUCCUGCUGUGGAAGAUCCAAGACUGGCCCGCGCUCAAGAGCUUCAUCAAGUCAUACCCUGGCUACGUCACUGCCCGGGCGGAUACACCAAGCCUGGUAUACUAUCGGAACCAGAUGGUUGUCGAAGCAGGAUGUAAGUGUUAACUAA